AUGACUCGUGACUGGUUGUUCCGUCCGUGUUGGGUGGGCAAGUUUGAGUCUCCAGUGAGGCCCGAGAAAUAUGGACCGUGUGGGAUAAAGAUCUCGAUUGUGCGAUUGAUCCGUUGGUUCUACUUGGCACAGUUAUUGUUCGCGUUGCCGGUGGGAGGGUGGUGGACUAUUGAGACAUAUCACUCGGAGAGACAAAGUCAAAGCAUUUUAGCGAUCGCGUUUCUUGUGUACAUGUUAGCGGUCACCGUUGUCGGGUUGAUCCUAUCCUACACGACAAGGCCCUUACCCCAUCAACUUCACUGGUUUGCCGUGGUUGUCUACCUGUCACCAAUAUUGGUCAAAUCUAUCAACAUCUUUGCCGCCGGAAUCCGGACGUUUUUCUUAGACAAUAAGUUUCGAGCUCAAAACGAACUCCCUCAAGAACUCGGACUCUCAAUCUCAUUUGCAGAUUUGCUCUUAUGGUCAGGCAUCGUGAUCUUCUACUACUUUGUGCACCUAUACAUUUCCAUGCGUUUUCUCAAUUUCAUCUAUCAACAUCAACUAGAUAUCGAAGUGAACGGGCCCACACUGCCAUUCAUCGAUUCAAACCGUGAAACAACGGCCAAGAGGAGCACCUCACUGAUCGAGGGCCAUUCCGGCUACAUGAAUUUCUUGUUCAAACGA